AUGGCUGACGAAAUCGAGAAGAAGAUAGAGAAUCUGUCUGUGGCAGACAAGCCCGACUCCAAGCCCAAGAAGGAGAAGAAGGACAAGAAGGCUGGGAAUCCCAAAUCCCAGCUCGAACUGAAUCCCCAGCCUGUCUUCAUUGACGAAAGAGUCCAGCUCUUUGACGAGUUGAAGGCCAAGUACGAUGCCGAGAUAGCUGCUAAACCCAGAAUUGCCAUCACUAUCACCCUCAAGGACGGCACCACCAAGGAAGGUGUGGCUUGGGAGACGUCUCCAUUUUCCAUUGCCAAGGACAUUGGAAAGUCGUUUCUCGAGAGACAGGUGAUUGCCAAAGUUGACGGGUCGUUGUGGGACUUGGAGCGUCCAUUCGAAUCUGAUGCUAAGCUUGAAUUCCUGGAUUUUGACCAUCCAGAGGGAAAACAGGUUUUCUGGCAUUCGUCUGCCCAUGUUCUCGGAGAGGCCUGUGAGUGCCAUUACGGAGCUCACCUUUGUUUCGGUCCUCCUACCGAUGAUGGUUUCUUCUACGACAUGUCCAUUGAUGAGGGAAAGACCGUGGUAACCCAAACUGAUUUCACAAACAUUGAGACUGUCGCAAAGAAGGCUAUUUCCGAGAAGCAGAAGUUCGAGAGACUGGAGAUGACGAAGGAGGAUCUGCUCAAGAUGUUUGCCUACAACAAGUACAAGGUCAAGUACAUUUCUGACAAGGUUCCUGAUGGAACCUCAUCCACUGUGUACCGUUGUGGACCUUUGAUUGAUCUGUGUUUGGGCCCACACGUUCCUAACACUGGCCGUAUCAAGGCCAUCAAGGUGCUCAAGAACUCUUCCUCGUACUUCCUUGGUGACAGCAACAACGAUUCUCUUCAGAGAGUGUACGGUAUUUCUUUCCCAGACAAGAAGCUCAUGGCUGAGCAUCUGAAGUUCUUGGAGGAGGCUGCUUCUAGAGACCACCGUAAGAUCGGUAAGGAACAGGAAUUGUUCUUCUUCCAUGAGAUGUCGCCAGGUUCGUGUUUCUGGCUUCCUCAUGGUGCCAGAGUGUACAACCAGUUGGUGGAAUUGCUCCGUGGAGAGUACAGAAAGCGUGGAUACGAGGAGGUUAUCACUCCAAACAUGUUCAACGCGAAACUGUGGGAAACCUCUGGUCAUUGGGCAAACUACAAGGAGAACAUGUUCACCUUUGAGGUCGAAAAGGAUCAAUUCGGUCUCAAGCCAAUGAACUGUCCUGGUCACUGUCUGAUGUUCAAGUCUCGUGAGAGGUCCUACCGUGAGCUUCCAUGGAGGGUUGCUGACUUUGGAGUCAUCCACCGUAACGAAUUCUCUGGUGCCCUUUCCGGUCUGACCAGAGUGAGGAGAUUCCAACAAGAUGAUGCUCAUAUUUUCUGUAUGCAGGACCAAAUUGAACAGGAGGUUUCGGGUGUUUUUGACUUCUUGCAGCACAUCUACGGUAUUUUUGGAUUUGAGUUCAAGAUGGAGCUUUCCACCAGGCCAGAGAAGUACUUGGGUGAGCUGGAAACAUGGAACAAUGCCGAGACCAAGCUCGCCAACGCGUUGAACGCGUGGGGCGGUCAAUGGGAGAUCAACGAGGGAGAUGGAGCCUUCUACGGCCCCAAGAUCGAUAUCAUGAUUUCGGAUGCUCUUCGUAGAUGGCACCAGUGUGCCACUAUCCAGCUGGAUUUCCAACUUCCACAAAGAUUCGAGCUCGAGUUUAGAGGAAAGGAUGACUCCGCCGAUAUUCAAAGACCUGUGAUGAUUCACAGAGCCAUCAUGGGUUCCAUCGAGCGUAUGACUGCAGUGCUGAUAGAGCACUUCGCUGGUAAAUGGCCAUUCUGGCUCUCUCCACGCCAGGUAUUGGUGGUGCCUGUUGGAGUCAAAUACAACGAGUAUGCCACUAAGGUCCAGCAGAAAUUGUCUGCGGCCGGCUUUUACGCCGAUGCUGAGCUUUCCGGAAAUACUCUUCAGAAGAAGGUCAGAACUGGCCAGUUGCAAAAGUACAACUUCAUCUUCAUUGUGGGAGAGCAGGAGCAGGAGGCUGGCAGUGUCAACAUCAGAAACCGUGAUAUCCAGGAGCUCCAGAACAAGAACGAGGCCGUUGCUCUUGACGUUGUGAUUGCCCAGCUGGCUGAUCUGAAGGAUUCGAAGAGACAGGAUAAUGCGUUGAUUUAG